CAGGACCGACAACUUUCUACGUGUCACUUGACACCUGACGAUCCUGACCGUGACUGUUUUUCCGAACAUCUAACUUAACGUAUCAUCUCGGAGAGUUAUGAUGGCUACAACCCAACCCAGAUCGCUGCCAUUCGAGAGUCCAUCCGAAUCAGUAACGAGUUUAAACGAGAUUGCCCUAGACGAAGCCCUCGACAUAUCAGAUCCCUUGCGACAUUUCAGGACCGACGCCAGCGACUUCGCUCGAGAUGACGAAGAUACUGUUGUCGUACCUUCGCAACCACGAUCUAUCCUCGGUGAGACGAUCAGAUUGACAUUUCCCGUGAACUCUCCGCUGGUGUCCAUAUCACUCAAAGUUGAUGCGUCUCAUGGCUGUGGUGGCAUUGCUUGGCCAGCUGGUGAGGUCUUAUCAAAUUACAUCGCAUUUCGAGGCGUCGAGUAUCUUCAAGGCAAGAAGAUUGUAGAAGUUGGCAGUGGAACGGGAUUAGUUGGUCUUGUAGCAGGCGCACUCGGUGGUACAGUUUGGAUCACCGAUCAAGCCCCGUUGCUGGGUAUCAUGCAACAAAAUGUGUCAUUGAACAAUUUGCAGUCCUGUGUCUCCGUUCGCGAACUCAAUUGGGGAGAGACACUGCCCUCGGAUAUUCCUCUUCCUGAACUGAUCCUUGCAGCAGAUUGUGUCUACUUUGAGCCUGCUUUCCCUCUUCUGGUUCAGACCUUAUCAGAGAUGGCUGUUAAUGGCAGUACAGAAAUUUUAUUUUGUUACAAAAAGAGACGUAAGGCAGAUAAACGGUUCUUCACAAUGUUGAAGAAGAAAUUUAGUUGGGAAGAGGUGGAGGACGACCCAAAUCGCGAAAUCUACAAUCGCGAAGCUAUCUCGCUUCUAGCUCUUACAAAGCGGCCAUAAGGAGGCUUAUCAAGUGACCGCUUCACCACUGUUCUAGACUGGAGUAAUUUCAACACCCCGUUGCUUCUUGAGAUGCGGUGAAAUGAGCGCUCUGAUGUAGAGCAGUGUAGCAUGUGUGACUUGAAAGGCAAUCAUUCUCGGUGACGAGAUUUUUCUAUGGCUAAAAUGAAAUAAAAUGCCGUCAACACCUUGUAUGCGUAUGUACCACACAAACGGGUAAAUUGGUGUCCGAAGAAGCACUAUCCGCCCAAGUUAUGAUUCUGAUGAGG